AUGGAUAAAAAUAAUAAAAACAACUAUAACAAAAAUAAUAAUGACUUUAAUAAUAACGACCAUAUUGAUAAACUGUUUUUUAAAGCAUUUAGAAAUAUAGUGAUUAGGCAAGAAAUACUAAAGCAUUGUAGAUUAUUUAAAGAGAAUUGUAAAUUAGAAAUUUUCGACAAAGAAACUUUAUUAAACUUUAAAUAUAGAUCUUACACAUCAAUAGUUUAUUAUAGUAUUAAUGAACCAAUAGACAGAUUUUUAAUUCCAGAAUCAACCACAAGUUUGAUAUUUUCAAACUUCAAUCAACCAUUUGCACCCAAUACUAUUCCAGAAAGUGUUAAAACUAUUGAUUUAGGUAUAGCCUAUAACCAUGAGAUAGAUAACAAGAGCUUACCAUCAUUAACCAAACUUAUAAUAAGGAAAAAAUAUAAAAAACCCAUUACAAAAGAAUCACUACCAUCGUCAAUAACAGAAUUAACAUUAGAAAAAACCCCUAAAGAAAUAAUGAUAGAUAAAAACAGUUAUCCAUCAUCUCUAAGGACAAUUAUAUUUGGUAAUUGCUUUAAUAAAAGGUUAGAAGCCGGCUCAAUUAUAUCAAAUGCACCCAUUUCAACAAUAAUCUUUGGCUUUGACUUUGAUAGCUACCUAGAACCAAACUCAAUUCCACCAACGGUGACCACUCUUAUUUUUGGAUAUCAUUACGACAAACCUAUAUUUCCUCGAGCUCUACCAUCGUCACUAACAUCUUUGACAUUUGGUCACAGAUUUAACCAGAGACUCCUCAAAGGUGACCUACCUGAUAGUUUGCUUUCAUUAACUUUCAGUAGUUGUUUUAAUCAAACAUUAUCAAAAGCAAUUCUACCAAAUAAUUUGACAACGCUAAUACUUGGAUACUAUUUUGACCAACCAAUAAGACCAAACGAUCUUCCACAAACACUAACCCUUCUUAAACUCGGUCAUAACUUUAACAAACAACUGACCGUGGGUUCUAUACCCAACUCUGUUACAUCAUUAACAUUGGGAAGGUACCGUCACCCAAUCCCACCACAAGUAAUACCCCCAUCUAUUAAAACCCUAUGCUUUAAUAAAAACAUUGAGGACUAUCUAGAGCCUGGUUCUAUUCCUCCAUCUGUAACAAAUUUAAUAAAAACCUAUAAAAGUUAA